UCCCCUUGUCAUCCGCAUUUCCCGUCUUCUCCAGAACCCAAGAAAGGCAUGACAAGAGAAAAGUGGAACGCUGGUAAGAUUUUCAACCCAGAACACUCGCAACAGUUGCUAAAGCAAAAGAGAAAGCUCUGUCCAACUCCCCCCAGCAGAGAUGGAGGAGAGGACCCAGCUAAGAAAAAAGGAAAAGUUGCACCCCCCAUAAAAAAAAAAAAAACUAAAGAGAUUGGUAAACUUAAACGUAAUGGAUGGCACAAAACCAAUGAAAGAGGCAACUUGGUGGCAGCAUCUUUUUCCCUCCUCGCAACUGUGCGGGUGAUCCCACUCCGCCACCUCUCUCCUUCCCACUUCCUCCUUUUCAUGCUCUCUCUUUCUCCCCCUCUCUCUUCCCCCUGCGAUAAAUUCACAGGCUGAAGCUUCUCAACGUGCCUCCAUGGAACUUUCAUGUGGAGAUGACACUAAUACAGAGGAACGGAGAGUUUCGCUGACAGGAGGCACACAGGAUAGGGGAGAAGGACGUAAUUGUAUGGAAGUCCAUCAUCCUCACCAUGAGGUGGAAUUGGAGAUUGAAUUCUGGCCCCUCGAACACCCAACCGAGCCCCCGGACGAAGAUCAGCCCGUGAAAUGCCCAAUGCUCAGCACUUCCGCUAUUCCGGGUGCUCGAACCAAGGAGGAGCAAAUUGCGCAGAGCAUGAGGAAGAGAGCAGACGCACAGGACUUGGCAAAGACGGAGAAGGUCAUGGUGGCUUCCGAACCAUCCAUCCGACCACUCCGCAAGAGGCAUCACAAUCUAACCCAUGGGGACAUUAUAAUAACCCCACUAAGGACUAUGCCUCCACCACCCCUGCCGCCGCCCCCUCCAUCGCACAACAUGACCAUCUUCCACAUGCUUCAGCAGCAGUUUGACAGUCUUGAGAACUGAAAGAUUACCGCCAUCGAAAAAGAGAAAUCACCCGAACCUUCCACCUUUGCCUCCCGCUUAUAAGCACAUUUGGUGGGGUUUUAAUUGUCAAAGCUGCUAUGGUAUCGGAUCCGUCACAGAAUUCUCUUGUUAUCUGUCAAAUUAAAAAACGGUGUACUCGGAAAGGCCAUAUGUGUAUGUUAUCGGCAGGUGAACCUGCUUAUUGACAUAUAUACACGUAUCUUAUGGCACCGCAUGCCAAAAGCUCAAAUAAGAACUUUCCUUCCUCUGGCCCUAUCAACCGAAUGGAGUGAACAUUCAACUUGAUUAAGUGAAGCAUCCGUCUAUGAAAACUUUACCGAGACGUUUUGCCAGUUGCAGUAUUCGUCAAUACUACUAUUGCAUGUGGGUUAUGUAUUCAUGCAUGUCUAUAGAUAGAACUCUCAACUGUUGAUAACUACUGUGCAGUUAGUGAAAGGCAUAACUUACCCGCGAAAACCUUAUCUCUGAAGCGUGCAUUUUGUUCUAUUCCACUUUUUUUUCCCUUUGAGCAUCGUAAUCCACAAGAAUAAUGUUGGAACAAGUCAAAAUAUGUAAAAGAAGAAAGGAAGGACCUCACACUAGAAUCAGAUUCGUUGAGCAGUUUCCUUCUUCAGCACUUCCGUCCUAACAGGUAGGCUCGAAGACAUGGCCAAGAAUGACCUUCACCAGUUCCUUCACUUCUUCUUCUUUGCACAAAGCUGCAAAAUUCACUGCAACAACAGAAAGUCUAUUCAAUUAAUAUGAAUUCAAACGAUGAACCUUGAAUAUUGCAGAUAAUUACGUUGAAACAAAGUUCAAAUCUCAUCAUUCAAAUAAGUCGAAAAAGAGGUCCUAGCGCUUUAAGGA